AAGCACACUGCUCUGCCUCUGCACAGCUAGACCUGUGUGCUGCGCGGAGCUACGGCCUUCAGUGUCCCCUUCCUCACCCAGGUGACUCCCAAAAUGGAAUCGCAGCGGGAACUCGCCGAGGAACUGCGGCUUUACCAAUCCACCCUUCUUCAGGAUGGUCUAAGAGAUCUCCUGGAUGAGAAGAAAUUCAUCGACUGCACCCUAAAAGCUGGCGACAAAAGUAUUCCGUGCCACAGAUUGAUUUUGUCAGCGUGUAGUCCUUACUUCCGUGAGUAUUUUUUAUCUGACAUUGAUGAGGCGAAAAAAAAGGAGGUAGUACUAGAUAAUGUGGAUUCUGCCAUGCUGGAUUUAAUCAUCAAGUACCUCUACUCCGCCAGUAUUGAUCUCAACGAUGGAAACGUGCAAGAUAUUUUUGCACUGGCCAGCCGCUUUCAGAUCCCCUCCGUGUUCACUGUCUGUGUCUCUUAUCUUCAGAAAAGACUGGCUCCUGGUAACUGUCUAGCCAUCCUAAGAUUAGGACUUCUCCUUGACUGCCCCAGACUUGCCAUCUCGGCCCGGGAAUUUGUGUCUGAUCGCUUUGUACAGAUUUGUAAGGAAGAGGACUUCAUGCAACUGUCGCCACAGGAAUUGAUCUCAGUCGUUUCAAAUGACAGCCUAAAUGUAGAAAAGGAAGAAACAGUAUUUGAGGCGGUGAUGAAAUGGGUGCGAACAGACAAAGAAAGAGUUAAAAGCCUUAGCGAAGUGUUUGAUUGUAUCCGUUUUCGCCUGAUGACAGAAAAAUAUUUUAAAGAUCAUGUUGAGAAAGAUGAUAUCAUUAAAAGCAACCCAGAACUCCAGAAAAAAAUCAAAGUUCUCAAAGACGCUUUCGCAGGCAAACUUCCAGAACCCAGCAAGAAUGCAGACAAGGCUGGGGCUGGUGAGGUGAAUGGAGAUGUUGGUGAUGAAGAUUUACUUCCUGGUUACCUGAAUGACAUUCCCAGGCAUGGAAUGUUUGUCAAAGACCUCAUCCUCUUGAUUAAUGACACAGCUGCAGUGGCUUAUGAUCCCACGGAAAAUGAAUGCUACCUUACUGCAUUGGCUGAACAGAUUCCCAGAAAUCAUUCCAGCGUCGUUACCCAACAAAAUCAGGUAUAUGUGGUAGGAGGACUAUAUGUGGAUGAAGAAAAUAAAGAUCAACCUCUACAGUCAUACUUCUUCCAGCUUGAUACCGUUGCAUCUGAGUGGGUUGGCCUUCCACCUUUGCCUUCAGCGAGGUGUCUUUUCGGUCUGGGAGAGGCAGAUGACAAAAUCUAUGUAGUUGCAGGCAAAGACCUUCAAACGGAGGCUUCUCUGGAUACAGUAUUAUGCUAUGAUCCUGUGGCUGCAAAAUGGAAUGAAAUAAAAAAACUUCCUAUCAAAGUCUAUGGCCAUAAUGUGGUUUCACAUAAGGGGAUGAUAUACUGUCUAGGAGGAAAGACAGAUGACAAAAAGUGUACAAACAGAGUAUUUAUCUACAACCCAAAAAAAGGAGACUGGAAAGAUAUGCCUCCAAUGAAAACCCCACGUUCGAUGUUCGGAGUGGCUAUCCAUAAAGGCAAAAUUGUGGUUGCAGGAGGUGUCACUGAAGAGGGUCUUUCAGCAUCUGUUGAAGCUUUUGACCUCACAACCAAUAAAUGGGAAGCAAUGACCGAAUUUCCCCAGGAAAGAAGUUCCAUCAGUUUAGUCAGUCUGGCUGGAUCCCUGUAUGCCAUCAGUGGUUUUGCCAUGAUUCAGCUGGAAUCCAAAGAGUUUGCACCCACUGAAGUCAAUGAUAUAUGGAAGUAUGAAGAUGAUAAAAAGGAAUGGGCUGGGAUGUUGAAGGAAAUACGUUAUGCUUCAGGAGCUAGUUGCCUCGCAACACGUUUAAAUCUCUUCAAAGUGUCUAAACUGUAAACAAGGAGGUGAAAAAAUGUAAUAGAUUGGGAGGUGGUUUGUUUGGAUAACAGGGCUUUAAUUUAUUCUGUUGUUUUUCUUUAAGCCUAUACAGAGAUCCAUGUAGAAAUUAUCCACUAAGUUACUGUGCAAGAGGUUAGCAGUGGGUAUCAAAACCUCAAAGUCUGAAUCUUCAAUGUAAUGAUCAUAUCUUAAAACCAUUUUCUAAUGAAAAAUUCAAUAUUAACUUGAACAGAUUAUUUCUUUUGAGAUCUCUCACUCAAUCAAUGACUAUAAAGCAGGUUCCUAAAUUUGAGUUGCUAAUCGCUUCAUUUGCAUUUUUAGGGUAACUUUACAUGUUUCCCAUUACAAAUGAAACUGGAGAAUGAGAUAUGUACAUCUACAUUUUUAAAUGUUUAAAAACAUCAAAAACAUUCCCUCCUAGUGCUUCAAGAUACGACAAGAAUCCUGUGCAUUAUAUUAAAGAUUACAUACCAAGAGACUUCCGAAAUGCUAUUUAAAGAGUAUAAUAAAUGGGUCUCACUUGAAGGGGAAAAGUCUCUAAGUAGUCAAAUUCAAGUGAUCUUUUUCUCCAUUCUUUUGUGACACUGGUAUACUGUUUGUGACUUAAAUAAAAAAAAAAAAAUUUUUUUUUCAAUUUAAAACCAGCCAAUCACAGUUUUUAAGCCAUUAACAAAAGUAUCUGUGGUGAGAGGGAGGGGAAGUGUCCUUAAACUGCUGAGGCAGAAGUUGGGGCCAGUGGGUGGUAUGGAGGAGGGUGUGUAUUCAUUGGUUUAUCUAUGCUUUCCAGGAAAGAGCUAUUGCAAAUUUCUGAAGGGAAGAUGACUGUAUUAUUCUAUUUUUCUGAGAUAUAAGACCCUAUAUUCAAGCUGUUUGUUCUUAGUGUAGUAGUAUACAGGGUGGAGCAACAGGUUUACAGUUGUUCAUAUGAAAAAUAAUUCAAUAAUUAAUAAAUAAUGCAAGAAUAAACUCUGUGUUUCACAUACUCACAACUGUAAACUGACUUGUGCCCCACCCUGUAUGUAGUAAGUUGACUGUCCAGAACCAUCACAUUCAAUGCUCUCCAAUCAUCAACUAAUUAUUGCUAUGGGCCUCACGUGCUUUCAUAGACAUGUUUAACAUCUGUCCCGACAUGUUAUUUUCUGAGAAACCUGAUUUAGGACUGAUUUGGAGUAUCCUCUGAUUAGGAAGAAUGCUGAACUCUGUAGACAUGAGAUUAAGUUGUAAAAAUAAAUGCUUUGAGAUAAGGAAAAUGUUCAGGAAUUAGAUAGUGGUGAUGAUGGUUGCACAAUCAUGUGAAUGUACAAAAAACUACUGAACUGUACACUUAUAAGAGUGGAUUUUAUGAUAUGUGAAUUAUAUCUUAAUGAAAAAAAAAUGCUUUGUUUAGACAGUUAUUUAGACAGAAAAAUCACCAAACAAAAAUAUAAAUAGCCCUAACCGGUUUGGCUCAGUGGAUAGAGCGUCAGCCUGUGGACUAAAGGGUCCUAGGUUCGAUUCUGGUCAAGUUAAUACCUUGGUUGUGGGCACAUCCCCAGUUGGGAGUGUGCAGGAGGCAGCUGAUCAAUAUUUCCAACUCUCUAUCCCUCUCCCUUCCUCUCUGUAAAAAAUCAAUAAAAUAUAUUAAAAUAUA